AUGAGGGACAUUCGCUAUAAGUGGAACGAGGGCCCCAACUCAGUCGGUGUCUCCAAUGAGGUCUCACUGCCCCAGUUUAAGGUCCUCGGCCACCGGCAGAGGGCGAUGGAGAUUAGCCUGACCACAGGUACUGCAUCACCCUUACACCUUCCCCUAGGAUACGACAUCAUGAAACAAGGCUAUUUCACAUCUCCUCCCACCUAA